GCCGAAUUAAGCGCCGACUCUUCAUCGACAACGCAAGCCCUCAUGGGUCUAAUGCUCGAUGAUGAAGGCAUUGAGCGUUCCCUUGAGCACUCAACUCAGUAUCGCAGGGUCUACUCCAUUACAGAACUUAAGGAUCUCCGAAGCCUCGCUCUGACAAUUGAAAGAAGUCUCAUAUCUAACGCAGAGAUGUAUCCAAAGAUGGCUCAACGUUCACGUUCUUCCAGCUCGGGUCCUAAUAUGUUUGCAUCGUUCGUUUCCUCUUUAGGCGCAGAAGUUGCGGCUAUAUCGUCUCCAGCUCAUAAUACAAGUCAAGUGCCCAAUAUGCCGACCAUUGGCCCUUCUACUUCUGAGUAUGAGGCAUCAGCUGAAUAUGAGUAUAUUUCUCCCAGGGGCGCUCAUCAUCGUCAUCUAGUUGCGGAGUCCAAAUCAAGUGUUACGCCAAUAGAUCCAGCAACUGUGGAAAUUGCCGCCGGGAAGGACCAGAAUGACCCUGUGUUCGGGGUAUUGCCCUCCGACUUCGAACCUGAGAGUGAAAAAUCUCUUGAAUCCGAUCACAUUUAUAUCACUGGCAAGCAGGCCACAACUGUUGUGUCAAAUGAUACUAUCAAGACUAUCAAGCCAACUGAACCAUCUGGCCCUCAUGCCGCGGGAGUUACCGAAACUGAAAAGCCCUUCACUCAAUCCACAGGUCGACACCACCCAUCGGAGUCGUUAGAUUCUGAUCUUUUAACGAAGAUGAAAGGAUUGAAGCUUGAAAAUACGCCUGCCAAAUCAGUAUCGUCUUCGAACUCUGCUAUAGCCGCCACCCAGAGUCAACGCAUCGCACCUACUCAGCCCCUUUCGGAUAAGACAAACCCGUUAUUAACAAGUUUGGAAAUCAGCAAUCUUGAUCUCAAAGGGGCGCCCGGUUUGGCUGCAUCCAAGUGGGCCAAGGCCACCAUUGAUUCUCCGUCGCACUCGGGCUAUUUUCCAACGGGCACUCCUCGAAAUUCCACACCUGUUUACACGCCUGUUUACACCACAGUCCUGGUCGUAGACCCCAUUACUGGAGAGCAGAAAGAAGUUACGGGAAUACUAAAGAGUGGCCCGACCUCCCCAGCAACGGUUAUCACGCAUGCGCCAGCUACACCUUUACCUCUGAAUUCCCCCAGAUAUGAGUCCUUUGUCCUCUCUCCUCCUACCACGGGAAUUUCUUCCUUUCCAACUCGACCAUAUGUACAGGGGCGUUAUGCCCUCGAUGCCUCCUCCAGCAUUGGGGGGGUGUACAAUCCUAACGCUCCUGUAUUCAAACCAACUGCUCGCAGUCUUGGAGAAGUGCAUGGCCAUGGUGGAAGUCUCUCGAAUUCGAAAUCUAGACAAGCACUCUCGCCUACUCGCCGUGAGAAUGCACAGCUGUGAUGGAUUUGCACGGCUUUGCAGCGAUCUUGCGCUAUUUCAUGCAGGCGUUCUGGGACGCAAAAUGGAUAGGGCCUUCUUUUUUCGAUCUCACAGUUUAGAGAUACUGGGCGGUAGAGUAAGUAUCUGAUUGUUCUGCGAUCGUACUGUAUGUGCAUUUAUUGGGAAGGCUCACAAAAGUUCGCUAAAGCAAUCGAUUCUGUCAUGGCCAUGGCAAGGUUGUCUUCUGUAGUCUGAAUUAGACGUAGAUGAAUAAUCCAAUU